GAGUGGAAGUGUGACAAAGAUAAAUUGGUGGAAAGACAAUUUUGAACUAAAUAACAGUGAAAGCCGUUAUUGAUAGUUUACCAAUUUACCUAAGUUUUAGUCCUUCCCGACAAUCAUAAGCGGCACCACGUUCCGCCACAGCAAACUACGUUAUUCCAACCACUUCUCAUCACGAAGUUCGCCGCUAAAUGUGCGAGGGCAGUCGGCAAAGGCAUCGUCAUUGAGCCGCAUCGAAGCCUCGCCAAGGCUGGCUGCAGGGUCGGAAUGCGGCCGCGGCGGGGCCAACGCGGCCGUAUGCGGCGGCGGCGGCGCCCGCCCAGGCUACGGAUACGAGGCGCUCUCUGCAGCGAGUGACGGCAGUGAGGCCGAUCACGACGAGGGACCCGAAUAUGCAGCUUUUGAAAUGGAAUUCUCCGGCGGCGGAGAAUCCGCUGAGGGCCCGUCCUCUCGAGGCUCCAUCAAAGUAAACUUUCCGCCCGAAGUGGAACUGGAGAGGCGGCCAACGACCACCGCUGCCCUAGCUACGGGUGCCACGUACCAUCGAGGCCGUGGGCGAUCUAUGAGCGCCUGGAGUGACAUCAGCCGCUCCAGUAUACGCUUUGAAGAAAGAGUACGGGUUGAAUACUACGUUAACGAAAACACUUUUAAAGAAAGACUGCAACUAUAUUUUAUAAAAAAUCAACGGUCGAGUUUACGCAUUAGAAUAGCAAAUUUAUUUUUCAAACUAUUGGCCUGCGUCUUGUAUAUAUGCCGUGUUUGCGCUGACGGAGAUCCAAUAACCGCUUCCUGUUAUGGAUGCAUGCCUGGCAAUAAGACUGAAUUUGAAUAUUCGGCCAACUUAACAGAAGAGGAAUUCCAGGAGCAUCCGAUUAUCAACUGGGACGGAAUAAUAUGGGUCAACAGGCCACUUUAUUUGUGGAUAGUGCAAGUCAUACUUGCAAUGAUUUCUUUUACCGAAGCUAUAUUACUUGCUUACCUGGGAUACAAGGGAAACAUAUGGCAGCAGGUGUUAUCAUUCCACUUCAUACUAGAAAUGGUGAACACAAUACCGUUUGCAUUAACUCUUUUAUUCCCACCUAUGCGCAAUCUGUUUAUACCAGUGUUCCUGAAUUGUUGGCUCGCGAAACGAUCACUCGAAAAUAUGUUUAACGAUUUACACCGAGCUAUGCAAAAGUCCCAAUCAGCAUUAUCACAACAACUGAUGAUCCUGUGCGUUACAUUACUGUGCCUCGUCUUCACGAGUGUUUGCGGUAUCCAGCAUUUUCAACGAGCCGGACACAGACAUCUUAACCUCUUUCAGGCCACUUACUUUGUGGUUGUAACAUUUUCUACCGUGGGCUAUGGUGACUUUGUACCAGAUAUAUGGCCUUCACAGCUAUAUAUGGUUAUAAUGAUUGGAGUAGCGCUGGUUGUAUUGCCUACACAGUUUGAACAACUAGCAUUCACAUGGAUGGAACGGCAGAAAUUGGGUGGAUCAUAUUCAUCUCACCGUGCACAAUCCGAGAAACACGUCGUCGUCUGCUCCACGACUUUGCAUGCUGACACCAUUAUGGAUUUCCUGAAUGAAUUCUACGCACACCCCUUACUGCAGGAUUAUUACGUAGUUCUUUUAUCGCCCAUGGAACUGGACACAACAAUGAGAAUGAUACUUCAAGUACCAAUCUGGGCACAAAGAGUGAUUUACAUACAAGGAUCAUGUCUGAAAGACACAGAUCUAAUAAGAGCCCGAAUGAACGAAGCUGAAGCCUGCUUCGUAUUAGCCGCCAGAAAUUACGCAGACAAGACAGCUGCUGACGAACACACUAUCUUGAGGUCUUGGGCCGUGAAAGACUUUGCACCUGAUGUACCACAAUAUGUUCAAAUAUUUCGACCGGAGAAUAAAUUGCACGUUAAGUUCGCAGAGUUCGUCGUUUGUGAAGAUGAAUUCAAAUACGCGCUGUUAGCCAAUAACUGCACUUGCCCGGGCGCUUCUACUCUCGUCACGCUUUUACUGCACACCAGCAGAGGACAAGAAGGGCAACAAUCUCCCGAAGAAUGGCAUCGCUUAUACGGGAAAUGUUCAGGAAAUGAAAUUUAUCACAUUGUUCUUGGCGACAGCAGAUUCUUUGGGGAAUAUGAAGGCAAAAGUUUUACUUACGCAAGUUUUCAUUCCCAUAGAAAGUACGGUGUGGCCUUAGUUGGUGUGCGUCCAGCAGAACUUCCAGAAUUUUAUGAAGAAACUAUAUUACUAAACCCGGGACCGCGCCAUAUUAUGAAAAGUAGUGACACUUGUUACUAUAUGAGCAUUACAAAAGAAGAGAAUUCUGCUUUUGUGGUAUCUGAAAAACAAACGGAACCCAAACCAACAAUACCAAAAGACCAAACUGCGUGUAGUCUUCUAUCUACGGAGAAGAAAUCGGGAGAUGCUGAGGAAGGAUCAGGCCAGCAGAAGAAACCAGACGGUAGUAACGUCGCUCAGUACGAACUUCCACAAGUGAUUCUCCAAGCUCCCGCGAGUACCACACCAAACGCAUCGCCAUCACGCAUCAAACAAGCUAAUACUGUUCCAUCCGCUAAUUUCACUGUUGCUAGCUGUAAAUAUGGUGAGGUUGCAUCAACGUCAGAUUCACGCACGUGCUUGAAGGACUCGCCGGGUACAGACAGUGUCACCGAUAGUCACUUACUUCUGCCAAAACCAGACAACACAAACUUUUUGAGUCCUGAUGCCAUUAACUAUCGCCGAGGCAGCAGAAGACCGUCUAUAUUACCAGUUCCUGAUAUGGUAACUAGCAGUUUAAAUAUAGCCUCUGACAAUCAAGACGAAGAAGGUGAAGGAGACGAAAGUGAGGAUGAGCUUGAAGAUGAUGUGCCUUGGAGAUCUCCUUCUGAGAAAAUAGCAGAUGACUUCACCACCAGCAGCUUCUCGUCUCUGGCAGCCAGCGAGAUCACACACAGUGCUUGGCGAAAUGAUUUCUCCAGGAUUGUGAAGGGAUUUCCACCCGUAUCACCUUUCAUUGGAGUUAGCCCGACGCUAUGUUACUUACUGAAAGAAAAGAAACCACUGUGCUGCUUACAACUGGCGCAGGUGUGCGAGCAUUGCGCUUAUAGAAACGCUAAAGAAUAUCAAUGGCAAAACAAAACCAUCAUCCUCGCCGCUGAUUAUGCCUCCAAUGGAAUUUACAAUUUUAUUAUACCGCUAAGAGCCCAUUUUAGAUCCAAAACAUCUUUAAAUCCGAUUAUCUUACUUCUGGAAAGAAGACAUGAUAUAGCAUCUAAAAAUGCUAUAUCCUAUUUUCCAUUGGUGUACUGGAUGCUCGGUUCAAUCGACUGUUUAGAUGAUUUAUUGAGGGCUGGAAUUACCUUGGCAGAAAAUGUAGUUGUGGUGAAUAAAGAGUUAUCGAAUUCCGCAGAAGAGGACAGCCUCGCUGAUUGCAACACGAUAGUUGCCGUGCAGACCAUGUUCAAAUUUUUUCCAUCAAUCAAAUCUAUAACCGAACUAUCGCAAUCCUCAAAUAUGCGGUUCAUGCAAUUUAGGGCUCAUGACAAAUACGCGCUGCACCUCUCGAAAAUGGAAAAACGAGAAAAAGAGCGCGGUUCUCACAUUUCAUACAUGUUUCGCUUGCCGUUCGCGGCGGGAUCAGUAUUCUCCGCAUCCAUGUUGGACACGCUAUUGUACCAGGCUUUUGUGAAAGACUACGUGAUUACAUUUGUCCGAUUGCUGCUAGGGGUUGAUCAAGCACCCGGAUCUGGUUUUCUAACUUCUAUGAAAAUAACAAAAGAAGACAUGUGGAUUCGCACAUAUGGUCGGCUGUACCAAAAGUUGUGUUCAACUACUUGCGAGAUCCCUAUAGGGAUCUAUCGCACACAGGACACGAGUUUAGCCGAUCCCUCUCACCACUUGCAGCAGCAGGACGAGUGUGAGGGUGGAGGCUUCCCGGCGUGCGGGCGCCGGGAGGCCACCAGCUGCCUCGGCAGCUGCUAUGGAGAACGUACGCCGGCGUACUCUACAAGCUUGGCCGACGAAGCAAGAGAUAAUCACGCUCAACAAAUUGAGAGAGCUGAAAUUGCUAAUUUAGUACGAUCAAGAAUGGAAUCAUUGAAUCUUACUGGAAUUGAUUACGACGACGUUAGUGAGAAACGAAAUAGUUUAUCUUACGUCAUAAUAAAUCCUAGCUGUGAUUUGAACCUGCAAGAAGGUGAUAUUAUAUAUUUGGUCCGUCCAUCACCAUUUUCUGCACAAAAAACAUUCGAACGCCAUAAUAGCCGAAGGAAAUCGAACAUCAGUUUCUGUUCUCAAGCACUAAUCCAAGCACAAGGAGUUGCAAGUCGUAGAGGCUCUGGAAUUGGAGCAAGUUUUAGUCAACCUCGUGCGCCUCCACUAUCGACCACAAAAGCUAACUCUCUGUCCCUGCCGGAUAGUCCAACUAUAAUUACGGACUUCAGGGGUCGUUCGAACUCAUUGAGAGUUGUCGACGAUAUACUAUUAAGACGGUCUAAUUCUCUUCGCCAAGGAUUAAGUGGCGUUGGCUCUCGCCGGAGGAAGAGCAGCCUUGAAGAGAUCGGCAUAUCACAUUUCAAUUCCCUGCUACAAUACCAACAGCAGCAGCAACAACAACAACAGAAUGCUAACGCUAUCAAAAUAGCCCUCAAUGGUAGCAUCGGAUUAGAAGUAACACCUCCUGAAGAGAAUCCUACAGAUCGAAUCCUUGGACAAGGCUUGCCUCUUGAUGGUUACCAAGAAGUAGCUGCAGCACUGCCGUCAACUUCAAUGGGCCCCACACUUCCACCACCGGUGGCUUCAUCUCCCGACCCUCAACACUUACAAGGAACUAUUGUAUGAUACCACCUAAUGUGGGGACGUCGACUCAGUUCCGUGGUCAGAAAUAAAUGGACCUAAGAAGGAUACAAUCAUGCCAAAACUAUUCUUUCGGGUUUCUUCGUCGAUACACGAGUCAUUUAUUCUGAUCUCUGUAGAACUGAUAAAAUUCUCUAGCGUCUCUACUUGUGCACGUAGUGUUAAAUGUGUAGAAUAAAUGUAUUUUUUAUGACGAAUUAGUUAUGUAGACUGGUGGUAAAAGAGCUGUGUAUUGUAAGCGGGAUCAACUAGUUAACUAUGUAAAGGGGCUAAAUGUUCACGAAGCUGAAUGUAAAUAAAUAUUAGGCAUGCUUUUUAAAAUCUGUGCAUUAAAUUGUAAAUAAAAGGAAAGUCAUUUUAUAUUGACUGCCUACAAAUAAUAUUAAAUUAAAUUAUGAAAGUAGUUUGUAAUUAUUAUAAAUUUCUGUUUUAGGCUUAACUGACCAAAAAGAAAAAGUACCUAUAUCAAUUUAAAGUCGACAACA